AUCUCUCUAAAACUAAAAAAAACCGGCAGCAGAAAGCAAAAAAAUUACAAAAAGUGGGUCCUAUUGAACAGUUGAAUUCGGCCGCCUGCUUUGUCGUCUCUCUCGUCUCCGUCUCCACCACCGUCGUUCCUCUGCGUUUGACUCUCAAUCUCUCUCCCUCUCUCUCUCUCUCUCUCUCUCUCUUAAAUUUGUACUCUCUUUCUCUCUCUAAACAGUGAUAUAUUUUUCUCUCUCCCCAUGUGCUCUCUUAUUUCUUACAAGUGUCUUCUCACCGCUCUUCCUUCAGUAAACCCAAAACGAGGAAUCAAAAAAUUCAAUCCGAUUAAAGUACAACAAACCCAGCACUUCGCACAACAGAGAGAAACAAAAGUCCACUGCUCCUUUCAGUAAACCCAUCACGUCCUGUCCGCAAACCCAGCAGCUCUGCUCGUAUGUCCAUCAAAGGGGUCGUUUUGCUCAGGGUACUCGCUUGGUUUUGAGCCCUUCUUGCUGGGUUUCUGAAAAUCUUGCUGGGUUUGAGAGAAACAGAGAUUAUAGAGGCAUGGCUGGUAGUAAUGAAGUCAACGUCAAUGAAUCCAAGAAAGUUGUUCCGCUAAACACAUGGGUACUAAUCUCCAAUUUCAAGCUAGCUUACAACCUCCUCCGCCGCGCUGACGGAACAUUCAACCGCGAGCUGGCGGAGUUCCUCGAACGGAAAGUCCCCGCCAACAUAACUCCGGUUGAUGGGGUUUUCUCGUUUGAUCACGUCGACACAGCCACCAGCCUCCUCAACCGUGUUUAUAAAUUUGCCCCCGGAAACGAGUCGCAAUGGGGCAUUCUGGAUCUUGAGCAGCCCUUGAGCACCACCAAGGUCGUCCCAGUCAUAAUCUUCUUCCACGGUGGAAGCUUCACACAUUCAUCCGCCAACAGCGCCAUCUACGACACCUUCUGCCGCCGCCUUGUCAACACUUGCAAGGCUGUUGUAGUCUCUGUAAACUACCGCCGUUCACCGGAACAUCGGUAUCCUUGUGCUUAUGAAGACGGAUGGGCGGCUCUCAAGUGGGUGAAAUCGAGAAAGUGGCUUCAGAGCGGGAAGGGUAAGGACUCGAAAGUUCACGUUUACCUAGCCGGAGACAGCUCGGGCGGCAACAUUGCUCACCACGUGGCGGUCAAGGCGGCGGAAGCGGAGGUUGAGGUGCUCGGAAACAUCCUUCUCCACCCGAUGUUUGGGGGGCAGAAGAGAACAGAAACAGAGAAGAGACUGGAUGGGAAGUACUUCGUAACAAUACAAGACCGUGAUUGGUACUGGCGGGCAUUUCUGCCCGAAGGCGAAGACAGAGAUCAUCCGGCGUGUCACGUUUUCGGCCCGAGGGACAAGAGCCUCGAGGGCUUGAAAUUUCCCAAGAGUCUUGUUGUUGUGGCUGGUUUCGAUCUCAUGCAAGAUUGGCAAUUGGCUUAUGUGGAAGGGCUAAAAAAUGCAGGGCAGGAUGUGAAGCUUCUCUUCUUAAAGCAGGCGACGAUCGGGUUCUACUUCUUGCCGAACAAUGAGCAUUUCUACUGCCUCAUGGAGGAGAUGAAGAACUUCGUGAAUCCUGACUGUUAAUACAUUGAUUCUACUUAACUUUACCCGCAAGGCAGCCAUUGAUACAUAGCAAAAAAGCUUGACAUUUUUACUCGGGUGCUCUGUCGUGUGUAGUUGUAAGAUUGUCUAGUAUUUACUUACUUUAUUUACCAUUUUGUUGCGGUAAUUUGAGAGUUUCGGCAGCUUGGAAGGAUCGGAACUCGUUUACUGGAUUCGGAUGUAAGAGCGUACUUCCAGCCAUGAUUGAUGGUAAGCAUCGUUGUAGAACUUGCAACGGCGAUGCUGGCGGUAUCCCAAAAACAUAGAGGAGUGCGUGGCUUGGGAUGCCGCCAGAGUGGCAUUCCCGGUGUAAGUAAGUUCCUCUAGAAGCGUUUGGUUGUUGAUUAAUAUGUUGUUUGUUACAUGGAUUUUAAUAUUGUAAGCACUACUAAUUUGAAAAAUAUGAACUGUGGAGCAUAAUGCUUCUUGUGUAUGAACAUAAAAUGUUAUACUUUGUGUACCGUAUUAGGUUAAAUUAGGCUUAUUUAUAAAGAUUUCGUUUGAUAUUUGAACUUAA